GAGUGGACGAGUAUUGAGGCGAGGGUGUGGAUUGUAUCUCAUGUGCGACGCGCCUGUGUCGUAUUCUGGGGGGCCUUGAUUGUAGGUGCUUAGGUCAGCACAUAGCGGUGAGUGACGAUUGUGUAUUACCUUUGAGCUUUUGACUCGUCGCGUCCUUUGUGCGCUUUCUGACAUCAGCUGGGUAUCGAACACAGCUCUCAGGCCUACGGUACCGUGGUCUCGCUCUCGUCAACUGGAAGCAUCCUUACAGGCUUGCCGAGGCGACGCUUCCCCUUGAGAGGGGGUGGUUUGUUCGGCGUAUCCGUCUCGCCCCUGGCCUCGGCGGGUGCAGUUGAGAGGGCCUUGAUGUCCCGCCCGCGCCUGUAGCCGAGGGCCUGUGGACCAACUGUACGAUGGACUUCUGCACCAACAGCCGCGCCGUUACCGUGCCCGACGCCUACCACUUUGAGGGUUUUGGGCAGUUCGUUCUCCUUGUUGUUGUCAAGAAUCCGGGAGGGUUUCAGCACGGUUCGAUUCUGAGGAGGCGUGAGCGGAAUGGGGCGAGGAAGCUUGGGGGUGAUAGCCUGUGUUCAGCUCGAAACGGUUAGCACCUACCAUUGGAGUGAGGUGGAUCUCACGGAGCCCGAUUUUACGCCGGUUUCGAGGUAACC